GUGAAGCAGGACCCAUUCCAUGCUGUCAUAUAAAUUGCCCAUCCGACUCCCCUCUUUCGUUAUACUCUAUUUUUGUGUCUGUAAGCACUGAUGCAGCAGGAUCUUCAGCAGCGUUACUCCAAGAAUUACAUGAUUUAGGCGAGUGAUCCUUUUUAGCUGUUUAGUGGUAAUCCUCAAGGAGAAAAGAUGGCGUCUAUGGCUCAGCUGCGCUACUCUCCUCUUGCUGGUCACUAUUGCCGCACCGCUGGUGCUCCUCCCAUUACGAGUUUUGGCCCUGUAUUCGCCGACAGUACUUUUCCGAACAUCGUAUCGCUCCCAUCAUUGAAAUGCAGUGGAAAUAUACGGUUGAACCCUGAUUUCAAAACUAAAUUACACCUACCUUGUGCUGGUGGAGGCGGUGAUAUUGGCAUUGGGCGGGGUGGUGGUGGUGGUGGUAGUGGUGGUGGUGGUGGAGGAGGAGAUUCGGAUGAAUCCAAGUCUUCGUGGGAUGGGUUUGGACCGAUUGGGGCUUUUGUUAAUGGAUGGAGAUCGAGGGUUGCUGCCGACCCGCAGUUCCCUUUCAAAGUUCUCAUGGAAGAGUUGGUUGGUGUUAGUGCUUGUGUUCUUGGAGACAUGGCUUCACGCCCCAACUUUGGCCUCAACGAGCUUGAUUUUGUGUUCUCGACGCUUGUCGUUGGUUCCAUUAUGAAUUUUGUACUGAUGUAUCUAUUAGCCCCGACUAUGUCUUCUGUAAGCCAAACUCUGCCUGGCAUUUUCGCAAACUCUCCCACAAGCCAUAUGUUUGAACCCGGGGCUUAUGGUUUACUGAAUCGGCUUGGCACUUUUGUGUAUAAAGGCACUGUAUUUGCCGCUGUUGGAUUUGCAGCCGGGCUCGUGGGGACUGCUCUUUCAAACGGGUUGAUUAAGAUGAGGAAAAAGAUGGAUCCAAAUUUCGAGACGCCGAACAAGCCUCCACCCACGGUUUUGAAUGCGAUUACUUGGGCAAUUCACAUGGGCGUCAGCAGCAACUUCAGAUACCAAACUUUGAAUGGAAUCGAGUUCUUGUUGGCCAAGGGGUUGCCCCCAGUCCUAUUCAAGACCUCAGUUGUGGUUUUGAGAUGCUUGAACAACAUACUCGGAGGUAUGUCGUUUGUCGUCUUGGCCAGGUUGACAGGGUCCCAAAGCGUCGAGGGAGGGAAGGCAACAAGUAGCAUUGCGGAGGGAUUGGCUGAAGAGAAGCAAAAGCUAGUGAACGAGGUCCCGGACUUGCAAGCAAACGAGGCUACAUCCAAGUGAUCCAGAUCACCCGUUCUGUCAGCUUCUCAUGGCUCGACUUCUUCCCAUCUUCCGGAACUUUAUCCGCGACAAAAAUAAUUUCAUGAACGAUUACAUUCUCGUCUAAAUAGAACUAUGUUUUAGGAAUGUGGAGAUUUUCUUGAGGUGGAUCCAGCUCUUUGGUUGUGUCCUUACUCAUAAAAUCCACCAGCGGUUGGAAUUCCUUUGUUGGGUGGUUUUAGAUUGCUUGUUGAACUAUGUUUUGGUAUGAUGUUAUGGUAAAAACGUGUUUUCAUGAGAUGGAACCAAUUGAAUUGUCAUACUGAAUGAAGUUCUGAUUAGAUUGUUGUAA